AUAUUGGUGGAUUUAAGACUGAGGAGGAAGCAGCCAAAGCCCACGAUUUGAUUGCCAUUAAGAUAUGGGGCGAUUAUGCAUUUACAAAUUUUCCAGAGGAAAACUAUGAUAAGCAACUCUCAGAGUGGAAACACUUGGACUAUAGAGAUUGUAUUCUUGAGAUAAGAAAGAGGAUUGGGAAAGAGAAAGACAAUUCAACGAUAGGAUCUGAUGACCUUAACAUCUCCAGAAACAUAGAAGGAACCGUUUCAAGUUCGGCAAUGGCACAAACAUCUAAUGAUACUCUUUCAACUGAAAGAGACAUUAAAGCAUGUGAACCCUCUACAAAUUCCCAUAACAACAACACAUUAGAGCAGCACAAUAAUCGUGAUGGAUUGGAAAAACAUGUGUUCAUCUCACCCCCUUUUGAUGGCCAACAAAACCAUGAUGGAUCCAUUAAUGCUGUUGCUGAAGCAACAACAGUUGAAAUGGAAGAACACAAUGCAGAUGAUGAAACAUUCCCAAACCAAAACUCCACCAUAGUACAGUCAAUGUUGCAAGAGAAUGGUCAAGAAUCCGAUUCUCCAGCAACAUGGCAAAACCUACAUGGGGGUGUUAAUGAGAGCCUUUUUGGAGAUCAGUUUAUGUAUGAUUUUGAUAAAGACUCAUGGCUAGGUCUUGAAUGUCAAGAUAACCCAAGUUUCCAAAAUGGUCAAAAUUCCCCUCUUUGGUCAUUUGAUUAUGGAAGUGAUUCAGUUGGGUUUCAUACACAAACUUUAGGCAAUGAUAAUGCCCUAAAUUGGGGGCAUUCAGGUUCAAUUUCUCAUACGGGUAAUGUAAAUCCAAUAGAAGCACAAAAUGGUGGUGUUGGUUCAGUUGGGAUUAGCUCUACAGGGUUGCAUCCAGUGGUUCCAAAUAUUCAGCAAUCUGAAGCAACAAACCUAAUUCACCAAAGGUAUGAACCUUUCCAACCUUGCUCUGAAGCAAAAAGUAGUUCUCCAGAGAAGAUUGUUGACAAUGAUUUGGACAUAAGCGAUUAUCUGAAUCUCAACAACCCUGACAUGGAUGACACAAAUUGGGAUCAGUAUACGAACCAACUUUGGUCAAAAUCAGAGGCUAAGAGAGGUGACUAGAGAAUAUAGAAAUAGAGUGUGGUUCAAUAAUGAUGGACACAACAGUGAAGGGUUUUAUACCAAGGGAAUUAAUGUUGGGCUAAGAAUGUUGCUUGAAGAGAAUUUUUGUACAGUAAUUUUCUAUCUAGAAAGUGUUUUAUGAGACUUUUCAAGCUUGGAUUGUUAAUUUUCUAUCUAGAGUA